AAUAUUGAUGCUUCGUUGCAGCUGCAACCCUACGCUACAGCGUACAUUGUCGCUCACUAGCGGAUAUGUAAAGAGGCAAUUCGAAUGGUGUAGACUCCAGUGUCAGCCUUCCGACCGUCCAAGCGACAUACCAUCAAAGUCGGAGAAAAAGUUGAUAUCUCGUUCACCCAAGCGUUGCACAACGGACAGCCACUCAUGUGUGUGCUUAAGAAGGACUUCAUUGCCGCAUCUAGGAUAGCGGGCUGACACGGAAAUUUGUAUUGUCCCAUCUUGCAUUAUGGCAAAGAAGUGCCUAGGUUCAUAUGCAGUUGAACGGGAGCGCGCUUCAUACACCUGAGGCCUCUCCAUUUUUUGCAAAAUCAGAUGGAUGAUCGAAGAAAAGACUCUUUCUCAGCGGGCUGUUUGCUGCAAGGUGUUCCCGACGUCAGUCAAGGAAAACCACUUCAUCAGCCACAAGCACACCACUUUAGUGCUUUGAAGUAAAACUGUGUAAGAAAACUUGUUAAAUGCAGUGUUCGCCAGCGCAUGCUGUAGACUCUCAAAACUGGUGGUUUCCGUUUUCGCGUGUUUAUUUCAUAAUGAAUUUUCUGGUCUCAUAUGCUACGCCCCAGGAAGGAUGCGUGAGUACAGUGGUUGUCUAUAUUCACACUGUAUCCUUCACGUAUGUGACGUAGUUCAGAGUCCAGGUAAACCAGUUACGAUCUGCCGACCGUCUUCCUUUGGAGGCGUUCGCGGAAAAACUGCAGAGAAGCUCCACGAGGAAGAUGAGACAGAGGCGGGCAUCUUGCGCAACUCGCCAAGAGAAACGAAUGCACGAGACAGAAGUGAGACACGAGAGAGAGAGAGCGGCAGCCUAUGGUUUGUUCGGUGAAAUUGUCUUUGUCGGAUAUGACAUGCCCCGCUUGUGGACUGUGGACUCCACUGAAACUUGCGGACACUGACAUCGGACUAACAAAGGGUCGUAUGACCAUUGCGACUUUUGAGCCAACUGUAAAACGAGAAAAUCAACUCUUGGAUGAUUACUCAUUGUGCCCUUAUAAACUCCUGAUCGCCUCACUUUCUAUAUUUGCUUCGUCACUUCGUAAGAGUUCUUCAUCUUACACGUCCCCUUCUUAUUUCCACGACAACUGGGCGUUAGCAAUUCCAAAUCCAUACAGCUGAUCGGGUCCCCAGAAUAAUUGUUCCAACUCUCUUGACUAAGCUAUGUACGUGCAUCUGCUCACGCGUUUCAGCCUUAACGCCUUUAGAAGUGAAAGGAAGUUUCCAUUUACCUCUGAACUGGUGUGACUGUGAAGAGCGGAGGCACUAUAUUGAUCAAGUGAUUAUGCCUCACGGCGAAUACUGCAUUUUCCCUGACAAAGUUUCACCUGUGGCACCACUCCCACUAGCUGUCGAAGCAGACGUCUUUUAAGGAAGUGCAUUUGAACUCUGUCAUUGGCCGUAUUUGACCACCAUGAAGAGCAAAUGUGUGCGUCUGGUGCCGUUUCUAUACUGUGGAAUCUACGUUGUUUCCGGGACGUCUGAUAAAGAUUUUCAGGCUGAGACUGAAAUCACGUCUUCAUUUGUGACGGGCACAACCUGCUCCAGAAAUGCACCACGAUGGAAUCUCGAGGAACACUUUCCUCGGCUGCGAGAAGACGAGCGAAAUACCGCUGAUGACGCAGUUCUGGACAGACUUGAGGAGAGAGCUAUAGCGUUCGCUGAGCAGCACCGUGGAACCUUGGACAGAUCUCUUGGAGAUGCAUUAGAAGAAUAUGAAAAGAUAGACGAAGAACUCGACAGGUUUGCCCUGUACUGGAGCUUGAAGACGAGCCAAAAUUUGGCUGACGACACGCUCAGAAGGAAGAGAAGUAAAGCGGAUACUAGGGCGAGCAGGUGAAUUUCAGUAGCGAAAGCAACAUCCCCUUGUAAUUUUUAAAACCCGCAACAACUGACCGCUGCUGUCUCCACUCUGGUAAUGUAGGCACGUCUUUAUAUACGUGUGUGUACGCGCGUAUGUGGUCUGGAGAAUCCGUGGAGUUUAAAUCGAAGUAGUAACGACUGCCAGACGCAUAUGCGUGCACCAGUAUGCGUGCGCGUACUUGCACCAUAUUCGAGCUUUCAUUUGGAAGCAUUCGUGGACAGGUGCCGCUAUGGUGGGGUGUCGGUUACUGCUCCAGUCCCCCGUAAACCGUCGUUUUUUUGGGGCUUGUUUACUGUGGAA